AUGCACGGAUAUGUUACAUCGUAUCAAAUUAAUCUUCAGUUGACAGAAUGGACCAGUAGCACUGAAAUCAAUACAGAUCUACAACAUGAUUGUCUGUAUAUUUCAAUGUCAAAAGGUCUUGAAUUACCAUCUACAUUAUUGAAUAUACGUGAUACGCCACGUAAUUUUCGUCAGAAAACCUCAUUAUGUGUGAGUGAAUGGCCAUUCUCAUGGACUAUGGAAGAAAAUACACGAGAUCAACAAUUUACAUUUUCUCAUCUCUCUAAAUUAAAUGUCACCGGUCAACAAUUAUAUCAUUGGUCAGCAUCUAUAGAUACAAUUGAAUCUUAUCAAUUCUAUUUGAAUCAAUUAUCAAGUUCUGCGAAUAUCUCUUUAGCAAACAGAAUUUUCUAUAAUUGUACUACACCGUGGUUUGGAUCACAAUGUCAGUACUCGUUUCCAUCUGAAUUGAAAGGCGAAUUUUCAUCAUUACAUGAAUUUAUUCAUACAAUUUAUGCAGCAGUUGAAUAUAAACCAACUGAACUAUCAUACUAUCAACAUAUACAGUGUGAUCUUGGUUCAGAACUUUUAUCUCUCGAUUGGAACAACAUAUGUGAUGGUUUCAUUCAAUGCAUCGAUGGAAUAGAUGAAGAAUAUUGUUGGCGAAUAGAAGUAACUGAAUGUAAAGACGAUGAAUAUCGUUGUCGAAAUGGUCAAUGUAUACCAGUGAUAUUUUUCGAUGAUCAUCCACUCGCUGCUGAAUGUCUUGAUCAAUCGGAUAGAAGAGCGGAAAAUGAUAAGUAUCUCAGCACACAUCAAUCAUAUACAUUUCGUCGGCCCACGUUCAUCAAUGAAGAAACUAUGGUAUUCAAUGAUUUGAGUUAUCGACGGCUAUAUUCUUUUUUACCUAAUCGAAGAUACUAUCAUAUUCGCCGAAUGAUAACACAUGAAACAAGUACAACAUCAGAUAUCUGUUCUUCAGCUCUCUAUUGUCAUCUUAAUUUUUUUGGUUUUGAUCAAAUAGGAUGCAGACUGCGAUGUCCAAUUCCUUUGGAAAAUAAAUGUCCUUGGCCGAAAAUAAUCAAUGAAUAUUGUUUGUUAUCAGAUAUGUUUUAUGCUCCUUUCGCACCCAUAGUAUUUGGGCAUAUUUAUUUAGCGUAUUCCAAGCAAUAUCUUGUACAGCAAAUAACAUGGUCAAAUACACCUGAAUAUAUAUGUUACAAUGAGUCAUUCUGCAAUGGUUUCGAUUCGAAUCAAAAUGCAAUUCGAUUCAACAAGACACUAUGUCGUCGUGUUCAAGAUGUUUUACCAAAUGUCAUCAAGAAUGGAGAUUCAAUUGAAAUGAUUUCGGAAUAUAUUCGUCAAAUAUCUAUUCAUCUUGCUAAAUGUAAUACAAUUUUACACGAAAAUGUAACAUUUUGUGACACUCGAAUCAUGUAUCAAUGCUUGAAUUCUUCGAAAUGUAUAGCAAAAAUCCGCAUUUUUGAUCGAUAUCGAGAUUGUGAUUAUGGCGAUGAUGAAGACAUAGAAAACAGUACUCUAAUAGAUCAAAUAUGUUUUACAGAAAAAUCUUCAACACAUUUUAUAUGUCCCACUACAAAGAAAUGUAUUUCGAAAAAACUAAUCAGAAAUUCGAUAUGUGAUUGCGGUUAUUCAGAUGCUGCGCAUUUUAUGUGUCCUGAUGAGGAUAUUGGAGCUAAGCCCAUUCAAGAAGUUAUAUUAUUUCCAACAAUAUGCAAUGGUUUUAACGAUUUAACUCCUAUAACCAUAAAUAGCAAAAAUUAUACGGAUGAAACAGAAUGUGAUCAAUGGGUGUGUAACAAUACAUAUACACGGUGUAAUGGUUACUGGGAUUGCAAUGAUGGAGCUGAUGAAAUUGAUUGUUAUCCAUUAUUAUCAUACUUAAAUUGUUCGGCUCAUAGUUUCCUGUGCAUCUCGCCCCGUUCACGCGACUUCGUGUGCCUUUCAAUGGAUCAAGGAAACGACGGUAAAAUUGAUUGUCUUGGUGCUACCGAUGAACCACGAUUGUGCCGAUAUGAUACUCAAAUCUACGACUACGGAUUUUUUUGCAACAAUCGCACUAAUCUAUCACCCGCUUGUAUUCGGCGUGCAAAUCUUUGUGAACAACCUAUACGUGAACAAUGCACAAACUAUGAAAUGAGAAAGUUCUGCCAAAUCGAUUUUGUGCAUGAUCUAUUCACCAGUAAUCUAUGUGAUCGAGAUGAUACAUCGUUUCUAAGUAAAACUGAGAAGAGAAUGUGUUAUCUUUUUAGAUUUAGCCCCAAGCCUGAAAUUAUUCAUUUUUCGCUUGAUCGAUUCGAAGCAAAUCAUGAAGAUAAAGGAAAAAAUCAGACAAUCAUAUCACCACCAUCUCACAAAAUUAACGACUCCGUAGUACUAAAAUGUCACCACGGUAUUCCUUUGAGAGUUACCCUAGACGUGAAGAAAGAUUUAUCGCAUAUGACAUGUCUAUGUCUCCCGAAUUAUUAUGGAAAUAGACGUCAAUAUCAAAACCAACGCAUCAGUUUAACUCUAAAGUUUCGAACUUUUUCUGAUUCUUGGAACACACAAUUUGCUCUUAUCAUUUCACUUAUUGAUGAUAGUAACAAACGAAUAAUUCAUGAUUAUGAACAAUUAACAUAUUUUCCCAUCCAACAUUGUUUAACAACAUUCGAUAUAUAUUUACUUUAUUCUACUCGACCAAAAAAUGAAUCAAAACAAUACUUUAUACAUAUUGAUAUUUACGAACGAUUAUCAUUAAAUUAUCGAGGUAGUGUUCUUAUAGAUAUACCAUUUCUCUUUUUACCUGUUCAACGUAUCGCCAGUUUAUUAAAUAUUCCAUAUAAAAAUUACGAUAUAGAAAAUUGUUUCAUGUCAGAAUGUCAACAUGGUGUAUGUAUUCGAUAUUUUGAUGAUUUAAAUCAACGAACAUUUUGUCGAUGUCAACCCGGAUGGACUGGACAAUUUUGUACAAUUGAACAUCAUUGUAGUUGUUCAUCUGAUUCGUUAUGUCACGAUAUUUCAGCAAACAAUCGUUCGAUUUGUGUUUGUCCAGUACAUAAAUGGGGACCGAGAUGUCUAAUGGCUGAUGAAAUAUGUCAACUAAAUAAUCCUUGUAAGAACAAUGCUAAAUGUAUUCCUUUUGAUCAACAUAUUUCACCUGGUAAAACAUUCAUAUGUAUUUGUGAAGAUGGAUUUUAUGGAGAACAUUGUGAAUUAUCAUCUACUAAAAUUAUUCUAUCAUUUUCAAGUAAUAUUGAGUUAUCUACAACAAUGUUUAUUCAUUUCAUUGAAGUAAAAACAAAACAAGCACCAGAACGAGGAAUGAUCCUGAAACGAAUUCCAGUUAAUGGAGGCCCAAUAACAAUGUAUUGGUCUCGAAUAUUUCAUAUAAUUAUUAUUGAAUUACUCACAAAUCGUUAUCAUUUGAUUUAUGUAAAUAAAGAAGCUAAUAAAUCUCAGGUGAUUCAAAAGGUAAUUAAGUCAUCUGAUUAUUGUCCACACGUUCGAGAAGUAUUCGAUGACACUUUUGCUAAUCUUCAUCUAAUUCGACGUAUCAAGUAUUUUCAUGUGCCAUGUCAAAAUAAUUCUCUGAAACUUUCAUGCUUUCGUGAUGAUGAUUAUUUCUGUUUGUGUGUUCAAUUCAACAAUCAGCGUCAAGCGAAUUGUUUCGAAUUCAAUUAUACAUUAAAACGAGAUUGUUCUGGUCGAAGUACAUGCGAAAAUGGAGGUCAAUGUUUACAAGAUAGUUCAAGUUGUCCACAAGCAUCAACAUGUAUUUGUCCAACGUGUUUCUAUGGAUCACAAUGCCAAUUUACUUCAAAUGGACAUAGUCUUUCACUCGAUGCCAUUCUAGGUUAUCAGAUUCAACCGAAUGUCUCCUUGGCACAUCAGCUAGCUAUUGUUCAAGUAGGUUUAGUUCUUACUAUUAUCAUAAGUUUGAUAGGAUUUACCAAUGGUAUAUUUUCAAUAAUCACAUUCACACAGAAGCAUGCAAAUAAAAAUGGUUGUAGUAUUUAUCUUCUGGGUACAUCGAUUACUACAAUUCUAAUAACAAGUAUCUUUCUACUUAAAUUUGCUAUUCUUUUCUUCGCACAAUGGACAUUUAUGACAAAUCGAAUAUUUCUACGAAUUCAAUGUUUAACUAUCGAUUACUUUAUGAGAAUAGGUCUGAAUAUGGAUCAAUGGUUAAAUGCUUGUAUAGCUUUCGAACGAGCUGUUAUGAUGCGAAAAGGAAUUCGAUUUGAUAAAAAACAGAGUAUAAAAACUGCCAAAUCGAGAAUUAUCAUCGUUUUUAUAGUAGUAGUUCUUACAAAUAUUGUUGAUCCUAUUCAACGACGACUUGUUGAAGAUAAUACUAAUGAUGAAAAACGUUUCUGGUGUGUUCUUACUUAUUCCUCAACUGUUCAAAUUUUCAAUAUGAUAGCAAAUGUAUUUCAUUUUUGUUUGCCUUUCAUAAUCAAUUUGGUAUCUACAUCCAUCAUUAUUAUUGAUAGUACACGUUUAAAAUCAUCUGUACAAGCUGGUCAAGGACGUAAACAACGUUUAAUUAAACAAUUACAAGAACAUCGACAUCUAUUUAUUUCAUCCUUUCUUUUAUUUAUUCUAGCAAUACCACGUUUAGUUAUCAUAUUUUCUAGAGGGUGUAUGAAGACAAUCAAUGAUUCCUGGUGGUUUCUAAUGGGAUACUUUGUUUCAUUCUUUCCACCGAUGCUUAAUUUUAUUAUAUUUGUUGUACCGUCUAAAGUGUAUACUCAACAGUUUCGCACUACUAUGUUGAACUAUCAACGAACUAUAGGACGACGUUUACGUUUAACACAAUAA